AUGGCGCCGCGGGCGCUGCCGCUGCUGCAGCCGGGGCGGCGGCCGCGCCCGGGACGGUGGUACCGGCUGAGCCCGCGCGGGGAGCGGCCCCGCGGCCGCGUGGGACUCGGCUGCCUCCUCCUGCCCGGCCGCGUCCUGCUGCUGGGCGGUGCCGACCCCGCCGGGGCCUUCGCGGACGCGCAUUUCGUGGAGCUGGCCCCGCUGCGCUGGAUCCCCGCCGGCUGGCGCGGACUGAGGCCGCGCUACGAGCACGCCACCGUGCUGCCCGCCGCUGGCCCCCCGCGCCUCUGGGUGUUCGGCGGAGCGCACCCCGCCGGGAACCGCGGCUGCGUUCAGGUGCUGGACCCCGAAAUAGGAACGUGGGAGAGCCCUGCGGUGAGGGGGGAGCAGCCGCAGCCUCGGACAUUCCACACGUCCUCGGCGGCCAUCGGGGCCCGGCUCUUCGUGUUCGGGGGUGGGGACAAGGGAGCGGAGCCGGUGAAGGACCAGCGGCUGCACGUGUUCGACACAGCCACCCUGGCCUGGUCCCAGCCAGAGACUCAUGGUGAUCCCCCUUCCCCUCGGCACGGACACGCCGUGGUUGCAGUUGGGACCAAACUCUUCAUCCACGGAGGUUUAGCUGGAGAUGUUUUUUACAAUGACCUGUUCUGCAUCGACACAAAUGACAUGAGAUGGGAGAAGAUCCCAGCCACUGGGGACGUCCCUGGAGGAAGGGCAUCCCACUCCUCGGCAGCAUUCCAGGAGCACUUGUACAUUUUUGGUGGAAUAGGUCCAGAUGGGACACUGGAUACUACGUACAAGUAUCACACAGGAAGGCAGCACUGGACACUCCUGCAGUUUGAGUCUCCCCUGCCCAGCGGGAGGCUGGACCACGCCAUGUGUGUCAUUCCCUGGCAGGCUGGGGCACACGGGGACACAGGAGGGUCCCCGGCUGGGACAGAGCCCCCUGUGGCAGCAGCUGACAGAGCUGAGCCCCUGCAGCGGGGCCUGCGAGAGGGCUGUGCUGCAGACGCCUCUGUCCAUCUGCUGUUCGUGUUUGGGGGCAUGGACACCCAGGGGCACAUACACAGGGACUGCCUGGUCACCCUCAUUGAGUAGAGUCCCCACAGCCCCAGCCUCAUCCCCUGGGGCUACUUGUGCCCCCUAAACGUGUCCUUACC